AUGAUUAUUAUCAUAUUGCUUUGCUUAUGUUUUACAAUCAACAACUUCAAAGUCGAUGGGUGGAUGCCAAGUAUAUCCAAAGAUGAAUAUUUGGAUUUGGAGCAACAAUUGAAACUCAUCAACAAGCCACCAAUUAAGACUAUUCAAACAGAGUUUGGACACAUUGUUGAUUGUAUUGAUAUUAAUAAACAGUUAGCUUUUGACAAUCCUCUACUGAAGAAUCAUAAGCUCCAGCUAAAACCUAGCUUCCGAGAUACAACAACAAAAGUAAAUUCCCAUAAUCUAUCAACCAGACCCACAAAAAUUGGACUUGAGAAAAACAUGUGCCCAAGAGGAACGGUUCCCAUUCGGAGGACAACCAAAGAAGAUCUCAUUCGUGCGAAAUCAUUAUCAAAUAUUAAUGGAAUCCUUACUAAGGAUUUGCCAGGGAGGCAUUUUGCAGAAAUGCAUUUAAAGCAAGAUAAAGAUACAUCUUAUUAUGGAGUCAGCGGAACGAUUAGUACUUACAACCCAACUGUUACAAGUCAGGACCAAAUGAGUGGUGCUUAUAUAUGGGUUUCAACUGGAACAGAUGAUUCUAUUAGUAUUAUCUUCACUGGAUGGCAGGUAUACCCAGCAAUAUAUGGAGAUAACAAGACUCAUUUUUUCACAUCAUGGUCAGAUGGUACCAGACAUACGGGAUGCUACAACCUGCUAUGCUCAGGUUUUGUACAAGUAGACAAAGGAAUUUAUCUUGGCGCACCUGUGUCCCACACAUCUACCUAUGGUGGAACACAGUUCGGAAUGGAACUCUCUCUAUGGCUGGAUCCCCAUACUAAAAAUUGGUGGCUGAAGGUUUUUAAAAAGAAUGUUGGAUAUUUCCCAGCUGCUUUAUUUUCUAAUAUGGUUCCUGCGGAUCAAGUUGGUUGGACUGGGUCAACAAUCACUGAUGUAGGUAGCCCUAGUCCUCCAAUGGGAUCUGGAGACUUUCCAAACGGUGAUACCUCGCGUUCGUGCUAUUUUAGACAGAUUACAUUUAGAAAUGAAAAUCAAAUAGAACAAGGACCCUCAAAAGGUAACUGGGACACAUUUUCGGACAUCCCUAAUUGCUAUGAUGUGAAAUACUAUGGGUGGGUGAAUGAUGCCUUCGGAUAUACUCUCCUCUUCGGGGGACCUGGUGGAAACUGUGGUAACUAA